CAAAGCAGAAAACGGAAAUCAAUGGAACUGAAAGUCAAAGUGUGGCAUGCUAUGUAGCUUCUUUAGGUUACCCAGCGUCAAAAUGUUAAGCUGCAUUUUAUUUCGGAUAGCACCGUCAACACAAUGUGUAACAGGCAAUGCUACAAGGUUUCUGUGCAUCACAAAUUCGUUACACGGAAUGCAGGCACGCGGAUAUGCGAAGAAAGUUGUGGCCAAAGGAAAGAGUAAAGGCAUGGUGAAAGCAGAGUUUAAAGGUCCAGAGGUGUGUAAAGAUCCAGGCAGACUUACAUCUUAUGCAGUGGGAGUCAACAUCUUCAAACAAGGGGAGGAUCCCAAACUGAAGCCUAAUGAGGAAUAUCCCGAGUGGUUGUUCCAGUUGAACUUGGGAAAUGCCAAAAAGUUGACAGAGCUGGAACCAGACACCUGGGAGUACUGGAAACGUCUAAGAAAGGAAAACAUUUGGCGUUACAACAGACUACAUAAAGGGAAGAAGUUGUAGGCCUCCUGGACUGACAUAAGGCUUCCCCUUCUACAACAGCUUUCUUCACACUGAAAUGAAUUAUUAUGACAGUGAUCCAUGUUCACAACUUCUGUCCUUUUUAAAUAAAUUCUUUUGCAUUUGG